AUGGAAGGAUGGUCGACUUCGGAAGAUGGGUCUAGUUUAGAUGAUGGUGAAACUGUACGAAACUUUAAGAGUAAUAAUGGGUGGUGUUUCGAUCUUGAUUCGCCGAUAAAAGGAGGUGGUUUUGAUGAUUCUAAAGAAAGAUUGAGGAGCUUGUUCGAUCAAGUUCUUUCAGUUUUUCUAAAGGAGUCGUCUUUGACCAAACAUAACCGGCCUAUUCCGGCAUUGCUCGGUGACGGGAAGCCGGUGGAUUUGUUUAAACUUUUCUGGGUGGUGAGGAAAAAUGGUGGGUAUGACGCGGUUUCAAAGAAUGGCUUGUGGGGUUUUGUCACGGAGGAAUGUGGGUUGAUUGGUGGCGUGAUGCCAUCCAUAAAGUUGAUUUAUGUCAAGUAUUUGAACGUAUUGGAUAGAUGGUUGGGACAGUUUUCUAGCAAUAGAAGCUUGGGAAAUGGAAAGGGUAGCAUUGUGGGGAGAUUGGAUAUGUUGUCACAGGAGUUAGAGGCAGAGUUUAGAGGUUUGUUGGCGGAUGGGCGAGAGGAGAAGAAAAGAGAUGGUGAGUUAGUUAAAUUGAAAUCCCAUAGAAAUGGAAAUGAUAUCGAUUUUGAUGGUGGCAACAAUGGGUUUUAUUUGUCAGCUAUUGGAGAUAUUAAUAAAGAUCAUGAGAAUGCAGAAAGAAAUAUGGAAGAUGAUGAUGAUGAAAAAUUUUGCUUCCGGGAUGACAAGGAUGUUGGGGAAUCACCCAAAAGUGUUGCCGAGAAAACCAUUAGUAAAUUGCACUACAUUGUGGAAGGAAUUGUUGAUGACGAAGGCAAAAAAAUUUCUGCCCUAAAUGACAAUGAUGCUGUGAUAUCAGCUCAGAAUGUCAUUAAUAAAGUUCAUGACUUUUCUGAAAGAUUUAUUAAUGGUGACGACAAAAGUUUUUGCGCCCAAGAUGACAGUGAUUUAGUGGUAUCCAACAAGAAUGCCUUUGGGAAAGUCAUCAAUAAAGUGCAUGAUUUUUCUGGAAGAACACUUGAUGAUAGAAUAUUAUAUGCCCAAGAUGACAAUGGCAUUAGGUUGUCAGCUAAGAGUGUUGUUGAGGAAGUACUUAAUUCUCAGAAGAGGAAACGACAAAUUUCAACUUUAUCAGAAAUGCUAGAUUGGGUGAUCCACGUUGCAAAGCAUUCUGAUGAUCCUACAGUUGGGACUAUACCUGAGUGUUCCAAAUGGAAGGAGCAUAACAAAGAGGAGUUAUGGGUCCAGGCUUUGUCGGCAAGGAAGGCUUUCUUGAUAGGAAGGCAUGCUGAUUCAAACACUGAAGAAUCUCUCCUGCAGAAGAAGCAGAGAAUGUGUCCUUCCAUGUACGAGGAUUGUGAUGGUCUCAAUCUACAAUCUACAGAGAAAUUAAGAGGCAGCAAAAGGCUUCAUUCUUCGAUAAAAUCUCAAUUGUGCCCUUGUUGCAACUCAUGCUCAGCCAGUCAUGAUAAAGUGGUAAGUCCUCACAAGGCAGAAUUGGAGAAUAGCCCAAAGGAGACAAAUCUUCAGGCUGUUGAGACAUUACCGGCAAAUACAAUAGACUGUAUGUCCAGUGAUGUGCCCCACCAAAAACAGGUUUGUGUGGGCCCUCUCUUUCAAGCUGAAGUUCCUGAAUGGACUGGCAUAGUUUUUGAGAGUGAUUCCAAGUGGCUAGGCACACAGAUGUGGCCUCAAGAUGGAAAAAGUAAAUCCUUUAUUGAGUUGGAUCCCAUUGGGAAGGGAAGGCAAAAUCCAUGCAGUUGUCAAUUUCCUGGUUCUACUGAAUGUGUUAGAUUUCACAUUGCAGAGAAGAGGGUGAAACUGAAGCUUGAACUUGGUUUGCUGUUCUAUCAUUGGAGAUUUGAUCGCAUGGGAGAGGAAGUUUCACUUUCUUGGACAGCAGAAGAGGAAAAGAGAUUCAAGGAUGUGGUGAGGUUAAACACCACCUCCCCAAACAAGUUAUGGAAAAAUGCUUUCCGGUUCUUUCCUACAAAAACAAGGGAGAAGAUGGUGAGUUAUUACUUCAAUGUCUUUCUUGUCCAGCGCAGAAGUUAUCAGAAUCGGGUGACCCCAAAAGAUAUCAACAGUGAUGAUGAUGAGACGGAGAUUGGAUCUGUAGGUGGCAGUUUUGGUCGAGAAGCAAUUCAUGUUUCAGGCUCCAAGUUAUUGAUAUGCACCCAGAAUAAGCAGUGCACUGAUUGGGAGUAGCAUAGAAGGAGUAAUCCGUUUUAUGGCGGUUUAUAUGCAACUUUGCCUUCCUGCAUUCACAGGUACACCAUCACUUACUGUUCUUGACAAUUUUGUUGACACAAAAAUUACUGUUGGUAGUUAUUUUAAAUGUAGCAGCAUCAUACUAGAGGAAGAGACAAGUUGAUUGGGUAACUGAUGAUCCCAAAGGUUUAUUGUUGUACUGUUGAUAUGUAAUGGUUGGCUUGUGAAUACCUUCAAGGUGAUGCCAAAUACUAGAAUAUUAAAGCCAUCGGUUUGAGAUCGAUUACUUGGUUUACC